AUGAAUUCUAAUGAUAAAGUUAUGAUAAGAGUUGGAUCAACCCCCAGAUCGACCAAAGAAACGAAGAAAAGAGAAGCGCUAGAAAAAGCAACUGCGCGCAGAAGACAAUUUAUUAUUGGGAUGACGGCUGCGAUGGUACUUCUUUUCGUUGUCCUGUGCUUUGUUGAUCAGUACCAGCAAUAUCUGCAUAACAUGGAAUUCCACAAUAAUGCAACUGAUGAAAACGACUAUCAUAUGCAUUCAGAAGAUUAA